GACACGAAAUGUUAUUAACCUUAUCUAAUACCAGAACACAUCUGUUGUCAUAAGUGAUAUUAGAGCUCGAUAUAAACGUUUUGUUUUGUUACGGGAUUGUAUUGGCUAGAGAAAAGAUGAUGUUUCCAGCAGUAUUUGCAAUGGCGGUAUGCUAUGUUGUUGCGCACCCAGCAAUACAAGAAGAACGUGAUGUACCAUGUGUAUGUACGAAGGAAUACAGACCUGUUUGUGGGGCCGAUAAAAUAACUUAUGGAAAUAAAUGCAUGUUGAAUUGUGCUGGUGUUGAACUAUUGACCGUAGGAGAAUGUACUCAAAUGGAGAAAAGAGUUGUCCCAUGCAUUUGUCAGUUUAUCUACAUGCCAGUGUGUGGUGUUGAUGGGAUCACAUAUGCUAAUGAAUGUAAUAUGAAGUGCGUCAAUGUUACGCUUGGACAUGAAGGGCCAUGCGGCGGAACAGUUUAGUAGAACACCACUUAUUCAUUGAUUUACUCACCAAGUUUUUCGAAUUUGUUUCAUCAAGGAAAACAAUAAAUAAUUGAAGAUUA